AUGACAGUUAACAAAAUUCGCAAGGAAACAUCAAACAAGUCAAUUUCCCUUCUCGCAAAGACUUUAAUACUGUUUUGGAAGAAGAAUGCUUCCGUCCCUCCUAACAAGCCCCAAGUCGAACAGGGGGCAAUCCACCUGGUCGACACAAUCCGUGAAAAGAGUCGAUCAAUGUUUUUGGACGCCGUGGAGGGGAGUCCUCAGGGAGGAAACUUUGAGGAAAUUUGUCGACAAAUUGAGGAACAAAUAUUUCUGACUUCCAAAACGGAGGCCGAGUACAGGAAAGGAGUUCGAACUCGAGUCAUCAAUUUGAGAGACCGUCGGAAUCCGGAAUUGCGGGGGGCUGUGUUGACAGGGGUGAUAUCCCCUCGUGAGUUCGCCACAAUGUCUGCAGAGGUAGAUUUUGGAGGCAUUGGCAGGACAUGGCUAACGGAGAGUUGA